AAUAACUUUUUUUUGCCUUGACAAUUCCAUCACGUCGCUCGGUCUGUCAGUAAUUGUGUUUUGUAAUGUAGUUUUCGACUGGUGGAGAAACAGUUCACACAUUUUUUAACACCAUUCCCAACAAAUUCAAAUGUUUUGGCAACAUUUCGUAUUAGCAUAGCACAUAAAAGAGAAGUGGCCGUGGAUUUUGCGCUGCUCCAACGACUUCACGAGUUCUAUUAUCUAUUUAAAGCAGCGAUCUACAAGAAGCAACAUCAGCAGAAAGAUGUUGGAAUUGAAGUACAACGUGAAUCCAUAUCGCCGGCAGCUGCUGGUCCACGAGGAGGCUGCCAUAGAGAGUGCCAAAAAAAUAUUCAAGGCUGCUGCCGGCCUUCCCAAGCCACUCACUCCGUCCGGUCAUGUGCCGGUGCUGGUGGACGUGCGAUGCAUGGACUCGAAGGCCGUAUAUCACGUCCAUGUGAAUAUACCUCCAAACGGCUGGUCAUCAGAAGAACAAGAUGGAGCAAAGUGUCAACCUCUGCAGCUGAUGUACCCAAGCGAUCAGCGUGACACCGACCUUGAUGUGACGACAAAUACAAUGGGUGGCUGGCACGACCCAAACUGCGCCGACAAGUCUCUGCUGGUGGUCGCUCAGAGGGAGGUUCACGAGAUGCUUCCAGGCCCAGUUCGACUUUCCACAAAUACCGGGUCUCCCACUGCCCAUCAGGCGGACGAGAAGAUCAAGGCCCACUUCAUGGCGGCCUUGCACCAACAGCAGUCCAGUCCCCUUUACCACUCGGUGCUGUGGCUGAAUGAGUGCAAGGAGACUGUGGGGACACACCAGCCGCCUCCCUUGCAGAUUGAGGAGCUCCUGCAGGACAAGGCUGAAGAUUUUGAGACUAAACCGGAGACCCCACAGAGCGAUAAUGGUCCGAUCUCAAGCCCCCUGAAUGGUUACAAGCCAGUCCAGCAGCAGCACUCGCCGAGCCAUGACCCUGACCAAGUUCUGGUUCCGGAACUCUGCCUCGACAGCCGUGGUGUUUACGUGCCAAACAAACUGCUACAGGUGCAGCAAGCACAAAAACCCAUCAAUGGCUUUCGCAAGCAGCUCCAGCAGUCAGAUUCGUAUCCCUCGAUCUACCCGAACGAGCUUCAACCACUGCCCAGAGACGCGUUGCUGCCAAAGAAUGGCUUUAAAGCUGGCACCACCAAUCAGCAUCAGCACAGUUACAGCUCAAGAAAGAUUUGGCCACCGCCCAAAGCUAAGUUUGCACACAAAAAUGGAUUUAAAUCAUUUGCUCAAAUGCGCAAUCAGAAGUAUUCGUCGCCCCGCUCCCGGGGUGAGCAGUGGAGUCAGAAGCCACCAAACACGGAUGCUGAUGAGCCGACUGAGGAGCAGGCCUUCUAUCCGAACUUUCCCCCGGAGUGGCGCAAUCUGUUCCGGUGGAACAACUGCAGCCUGUGCCAUAAGACCAUGCGGACCAUUCGCAACGCCGUGGAACACUACAGCUCAAAGGAGCACGAUCGCCGGAUGACGAUGCGCACAUUGCGUAUGCCAGACGGCGGCUUCAAUCAGUCCGUCAACCCGUCGGCUGAGUCGCUGCAGGAGCAGCGCAGCGCCAGAUCUAUCGAUUUUUACUGCGAGCUCUGCGAUCUGAUGCUCACAUCGAAUGCGCACGCGGACCAGCACUUCCAGGGACGCCGCCACCGGAUGGUGGCCAACAAACUCUCCAAGCCCAAUGGGUUGGGCCACUACAACGCGGAGGGGCGCUGGGUGCGCACCGACAACAAGUGGAUGAACUGCGAGCUCUGCGAUGUGAGCAUCACUUCCGAUUCCCAGAUGGCCAUGCACAUGGCGGGGGCCAAACAUCGCAAGCGCGUCGUCGACUGCUACAUCAGCGGACACAUGGAGGUGCCUUUUGACGGCCACCACGUCUCCACCGACUCGAUGUCCGCCCUCCAGCCACUGGGUCCCCACAUUCGCAAGUCUGAUAUUUUCGACAUCAAUUCAGGCUACUAUUGCGACGUGUGCGAGGUACCGCUGAACCAUCGGAAGUCGGCGAAGCAGCACAUGAAGGGGCGCUUGCACAAGAGGAAUAUUCAUCAGUUGGCAACUGAUGACUGACUGAGUGCCUGAGUGGCGGAAGAUGAUCAGAGAGCGAGCUGCGACCCCAUGUUGGGGCGUGUUUCUUUUUUUGCAAUUUAUUUUUGAUCCAUUUAAUUGUAUAAGUAUGUUUUAUAUCUGGAUGUUUAAUAUAAUUAGUAUAGAUAAUCAUGUAAAAAUGGGACACAAUUAGUUCUGAAAAA